AUGCAACGUGUCAAGCGACGACUGUGUAUCAUGGUGUUGCUCGCCAAGGACCUGCUGGCGCGAUUAGACGCAUAUUUCCAUCAGUGCAAGAGCCUCCUCGCGGCGAGCUUGCGACUGCAGCGUGAAGGCGAGAUUAGCGAACAGAGCAUACGGAAGCAAGCGCCUCCACUUACUUCUGUUACUGUGAUCGUCGUUUGGAAACACCUCAACCAGCUUUAUAAUAACGCGUUAAGUCCAUUGUUGGAGCUGUCCCUGACCUUAUAA